GACUUUCUGGGUGGGGCUUAGUGGGGAGAAGAAAAAAGAGUGGAAAGAGAGUGAGAAAACAGGGAGAUGUGUGUGCUGAGAAUUAGAAGCAGGGUGGAGACACACUUUUACACAUUCCCAAGCAGCUGCGCCGAGACUUAAAGCGCUUUCAGUUUUCAGAGGGUCACAAUGUUGGUGCUGGCAGGGAUCGUUGUUUUGCACAUCACCACCAUCAUCCUGCUCCUGGUGGCCACCAUUGAUAACGCCUGGUGGUUCACUGAAACUGAAUACACAGACCUGUGGGGCAGGUGGGAGUUUAUCAACUUAGACUGGCAUUACAGCGAGCUGAAGAAAUACACAGGCGUCCAACCAGACUUCCUCCAGUCGGUGCAGGCAACCUCGGUUCUGGCCUGCGUUUUCACCAUCCUGGCCCUGUUUGUGUUCGUGGGCCAGCUGUUUACCCUGCCCAAAGGCCAGAGGUUCCUCUUCACUGGAAUUUUACAGCUAAUCGCCUGCUUGUGCAUAAUGACAGCAGCCUCCAUCUACACAGCACAGCUCCACACCACUGACAAAAAAGGAGGGUACGGACACUGCUACAUCCUGGCGUGGAUCUCCUUCGUCCUCACUCUGUUUCUCACGAUCACCUACGUCGUCCUGAGGAAGAGGAGCGAGUGACCUGGCAGCCAGGAGGGUGGGGUCCAUGUUCCUCUGUAAAUUAUGAGGCAAAAUAGUCCUUUUCAAUCGUUUUCAAGACUUGCCAGCUCCAUCCACAGUUAGGAACAUGUUGGAAUGCUAACGAGCCAAUACUUUUGUUUUGAUUUUUGACAACUUUGAGUUGGAGAGUGGGACUGUAUGUGGUGGGAUAAGGAGAGCGCAAAAAGCUUUCAUCUGUGUAACCUUAACAUAACUAAUUAAUCAUUUAUCUCUUUGGUGUAGCUGCUUGUAGGUUUGGAAACUGAGUCCAGACAUUAUCAGCAUUUUAGGAAUAGUUUGUGUGAAAUGUUUUUCUGAGUGCUGACAAGAUUUCCACCAUGCUCGUGUUCUCUGAUCAAGUUAAGUGGGUGAAAAAAGCGAGUGGUAAGGUUCCAGUCAGAAACGUACAUACAGUCCUCAAUGGCAUGCAUUUAAUAUUCAUUUUUGGGUGCUGAAUUAAUUUUAAACUAUUGUUUUUUUGUGUUAAUGAUUUUUCACAAAAACUGGGAAGACAAUUCUGAAUUUAUUGUGAUUUUUUUCUAAUCCAACUCAUGCCUACAGGCUCAAACGUAUACAUGCACACUAAUAUUUGGUUAAAUGUUAGCAUGUUGCAGAGAAACCACAUACUUGUUGCACCCAUAAACAAGCUCCUGGCAUAAUUCUGGCUGGAUGUUAAACCACUCUUCUUCUCAGAAUUGGUAGAGCUAAUUUAAAGACAAUAAAUCUGGGAUCAACAUCUUUCCAGAAGUUUAAUGGGAACAUUGUCCUGUUGGGACACCCGACUCUGUCCAAGUAUCAACCAUCUAGCUGUUGAUUGGAGAUGAAGUAGAAGGUGGAUGUAGUUCUUCAUUGUUUCAUCACCUUUCUGCAAUGCACCAGUACCACUGGCACAGAAACAAAUCCCACAGCAUAAUGCUGCCAUGUUCUAGCAGUUUGCAGGUAAUCAUAAGCUUGAGCCUUGGUGGUUCCUGGGUUGUUCCUGAAUGUUCUAAUCAGGGUUACUGUAUGGUUGAUAUUGGAACUGGAUAUGGUGUUCCAACAGGACAAUUAUCCCAAGCACAAAUGGGUCUCUGCCUGGAAACCAGCCAAUUUAUAUUAACUCUACCAUUUUGAUAGGAAGAAUGGUCACAUAUCCAGCCAGAAUUGUACUAAAAGUUUCCAAAGGGAUUUAUUUUCCAAUGUUUUUUUUCAACCAUGUAUGGAUUGUAGAUCCAUAGAAAACAAAAGAUCAAUUCAUUCACUUUUUGUCUGUUAAAAAUCGCUGAAGUUAUAUGGUACGUUAAUCCACCAUGGGAAAAAAUAACACUGAAAUGAAUCAUUAAAAGCCCCAAAUCAACGUGUAACUCACACCCAGGAUGACUAGAACUGGAGCUUUUGUUUGACACCAGUAUCCAGAUUUUCUUUUAGAGACGUGAGCAGAGUGUCAUUCCUCUUAUCUCCUCAGAGAAAAUGUUAAACCGUUUCCAACAAACUUCUGGUGCCUUCAGAAGGAAGCUCCUGUGAUAUACUGUAUUUUACGACGUGUUGAGAUGAAACAGUUCAUCAUGUGAGGUAAUUGUGUAGUGAGGCUGGUAGUUACUACUGCCCUGUAUCUGAGAGGGUACGACUUACAGCAAUACUGAUGAACACUCUAGAAACUUCACAGUACAUUUAUUCAUUUCUUACAUUUUUACAUGUAUGGUAUAUACCUUCUAAGUACAAUGUAACCAAUUCUAUUUUUGUAGCGUUUUGCAUUGAGUGUACUAUUUUAAGCUGUGUUUGGUUUUCUGUCUGUAGUCGGCUGCUAUCUUAUGUAAAGUACGUUUGUACAAGUGAAGCUUAAAACAAUCCAGGGAUGAAGGGUGGAGGCGUUACAUUCUACCAUUUAACAGAACUAUACAUUAGACAAUUUGGUUGUAUUUACAUUUAAAUCUAACUCAUGUCUUUUACUAAUAAAGUCAAUUCAAACACA